UGACACCUCGCGCCCGCUGACGAGACUAACACGGACCCGGGUAAAGGCUCCAUGUGAGUGGCUACUACACGCAUCCCGCUCGGUCUUUUCGUGACACUUUCCAUUCCAUAAAAGGUAUUCGAUAUACAGUACAGUGUUUUUUUUUUAAAUAUACGCGAAAGAGAACAACAGGUGGACACUUGUCGAGUCUCCUUUUUUCCCAAAUUUCUACCUUAAACCUGUUCUGGCUUGUUGGAUGGACUGAAUCAUCAUUGGAGCGGGGAGAGCGCCAGAAUCCAGCCGGGUAUAUGUUCCUUCUUUUCAGGGUAAUUUUGCUCCUCCCGGUGGAUUUGUUUUUUCUCAUUUUCGGAUCUUUAAACCGCUUUUUCAGUGACUGUACGUGUGAAAACUCCUUGGAGUGUCCUGGGGGUUGACGACUGACUGUAGAACUGCCCUAGGUUACACAGAUGGAAGCCCCACUUGCUAAGCGUCUGGCGGGAUUGUCCGUCUUCAUCUUCCUCCUCUCUCAAGUAUCAUGCGACCGAGAUCUGCACUUUUGCGGCACCUGGCGGCACGGCCACCAUCCACUGAGCCUAAACUUCGACAUCUCACCCGGGUGUGGUCAGAUCAUCAUAGCGGCCAAUGAAAGCUCGCUGGCUGUCCGCGGGCAGAUUGCAGCGCAAUGCAGGCGCUCCAGCACGCACCAGCUCAUCCGCCAGGCGCUCGACUCGGACGGGCAGAGUCGCUUCUGCUUGUACUGGGAGCCGCUGCAAGACCAGUUGAAGUUACAGGUGGGCAUGAGGAACUUCACGCUUUGCUGGCCCAGCGGCAUGCCCGACUCCUGUUGCACGUACUUGUCGUACUCCUCCAACGCACCCGAGGCCACCUACGGCAUCGCAGACGGGCUCAUCGAGAAUGACAUCGUCACCCGUAAAACCCUUACGGCCUACGCGUUUGACGGGACCGCUGUCAAAUGCGCCACCUUCUGUUCCAAGCAGAGCAGUGGAGGCGCCCAAGUCCAUGUGACUGACCAGGCUUCUGUGGAGGCCCUGUGUGCCCUCAGCUCAGAGGUGGAGCUCAAGGAUGGCUUCAGAGGCAUGAACAUCAACCCGCCUCGUGUGAAAGGCAUUGCCCCAGAGUCAACCACCCCCACCAUUCACCUUCCCCCGGCUUUGAAGCAAGCUGCCAAGAACAGCAGCAAAGUUGUCUACACCUUCUUCAAAAACAACUCCAUGUUCCAGGAGGGUCUCAAGGAGGUAAGGGUUCUUGAUGAUGUGGUCGAAAUCUCCGUGGAUAACCAAGUCAUCCAGAACCUGACUGAGCCAAUCAGGAUUGGCUUCCAUCAUGAUGUCAUCCCUAAAACACAUUCAAGGACAUGCGUCUCGUGGGACACUAGGAAAGAUCCAAUGAGGGUGAAGUGGUCGGUGGAGGGUUGCAAGACGCAGCAGAGAGGAGAGAAGCACACCGACUGCCUCUGCGACCACCUGACCUACUUCACAGUGCUGGUGCAACUGGAGCCUCGCCCCGUGCGCCAUCUGCUGGCUCUGACUGUCAUUACAUCUCUGGGCUGCGCUACAUCUUUCGUCAGUGGCAUCGCUCUAAUCGUCUUCCUCUGCAGGAGAAGGCGAGCUAAGGAUCCGUCCACUCCCAUCCACCUGGGCCUGGCUGUGUCGCUCACCUUUCUCAACGUGCUCUUCUUCUUCACCGGCGUCCUGGCCAAUGCAGGAGGCCAGGAACUGUGCGUCCUGAUCGGUGCGGGCCUUCAUUACGCUCUGCUCAGCGCCUUUUCCUGGAUGGGUAUUGAAGUGUUCCACACCUUCUGGCUGGUCUACGUGGUGUUCAGACCCUCCCCAAAACUUUACGUGUGGAACCUGGUCGGCUUCAUCUUGCCUGCCAUACCGGUCAUUAUCCUGGCCAGGGUUGAUGACAUCUACGGCUUGAGGGAGGUGGCGUCCAGCGAAGACGAAGACAACCCGUUCCUGAUGUGCUGGAUGAAGCCCAACCCCACGGCUUUGCUGGCUCACCACCUCACCAACACCACCAUGCUGGCCUUGCUGGUGUCGGCAGGCCUGGUGAUGCUCCUCCUGGUCUACCGAGAGAUUCGCACCCGGGAUGAGUGGCAAAAGAACCGCGUGGCCUUCCUCAGCAUCUGGGGCCUCAGCUGUCUGUUCGGCACCACCUGGGGUCUGGCCUUCCUUGACUUCGGACCUUUCUCAGACUUUAUCCUCUUCCUCUCCUGCAUCCUCAAUUCCUUCCAAGGCUUCCUGCUGAUGCUGAGGUUUUUCAUGCUGGACUGGAUGCGCAAGCACGCGGUGAGGAUCAAAGAGUCGCCUGCCAAGGUUUGUCACAUGCCCACGUCGCCGUCCACCAUAAGUCAGGAACCUCUGGAGCCGCUUUGUCCCCGUUCUUGAGGCCUCCCCCGCUUUACUAUACACAAACGUCACUCAGGUAAAACCGCCUCCAUGCCGGCCCGGAGCCUGGACCUUCCUAGAACACCUAGACUGGCUCUAGUUGUAUAUGUUGUUUUUUUUUUUUUUCAACUUUAAGCUGGAAAGUAAUGAUCAAGCUUGAUUUCCAGACAGAGUUAAGAAAGGUUACUGCACUGGUAUUUCCUCUUGACUGUUUGAUGAACCAUUUCUGCGAUGGACCUUAGCUAUUGUAUUUUUUUAUUUUUUUUGGUACAGUUUUCAAGUAGCACUUUAGCUCUUCUGUUUUUGUCUGACAUGCUUGUGUAGGAAAGGCUGGAUUGUUCAGUUGACCGUCAACUUUUCCUGCUUGAAUUAUUUUUGAUUUGAAACACAAAGCUGUUUAUCUUUUGUCUCCGUUUUUUUUUCCUCACACAACUUGGAGAUACUGCACAUGCUUUCCUGUUGGACACAAAUGCUGUAUUCCCCUGUAGUGACUGGAGAUAUUUACUGAACUGCAGUGAAUAGCUGACAUUCAUUGGGUGGAGGCCUUUAGUUUCAUACUGGACAGCCUGCGGUACAAAAGCCCCAUUUGAAAUUGUUUUGUUCCUUGGUGAAAAUUAUUCUCAGGGCCAAAUAAAUUGUCUGUUUUUUUUUUUUGUUUUUUGUUUUUUGUUUUUUACACCAUCUAAAAAAAUCAGCCCCUAAAAUAAGUUUUAGUUGGCCACAUGGCUGUACAUUUGCUUGGCAAUUUGGUGUCAUGAACCCUUGCCUUAAAAGACACAAAUGGCAGACUACCUGCAAUAACAUUUAAAGUGACAUUUAAAAGUCCUUCCAAGCUUCGGCUUUACAGAUCCCACAUCUGCUCUGCAGUGUGUUGUGGUUAAAAGACCACUCGUAUCAGAUGUUAGUGUGCAGGUAAUAACGGUCACCGCAGUUGUUUAUUUGAGGUGCGGUGUCUAUUGCAGAGGAGACCAUUGUUUGAGAAAUUACGGGAGGUAGGCACAAAAGUUGACGUUCCCAUUAAAAGGGAGGUCAAUGAUGUUCAGAAUCAAAUGUUUGCCUCUUUACCAUGAUUUCAUUCAUCAAUGAUGACGAUGAAAGCACAAAAUGGAGGCGACUGUUUUGAAAGAAGCCCCCAAAUGGAGCAAAGACUUUGAGAGUACAUGUUGCUCGAAUAU